AUGGGCUCGGCAACUCUAAUCAAAGAUCUAGAGAUCGAUCCAAAACGUGUCGGUCGCCCCAGGCUUGACCCAUACCAGAGGCUUCUCGGUCGAUUUUACGAGCAGCUGUUUCUUUUGAAUGCACUUGGACAGACACGUGACAACCACAUAACUUCAUCUUGCGAGCUUGAUGUCACCCGGGCGCGACGCCGACGAUUUCUGCAAAAUCUUUGUUACAUUUGUGAAUUCAAAAAAGGGGGCAGCGCAUGCACUGCAAUUGGGCUUGAGGAGCUCGAUACGUGUUACAACUUCUGUGUGGCUUCGAAUAACGAAACCGAUAAAAUCGCUACGUUUCUCCAAAACGUCCUCAACGUUUUGCGGGCCAUAGCCCCUCAAGCUGGCACAAAUGAUACUUGCAGAGAAUCAAAGUUCUUUCAGCUAUGCAUUGGAUUUGCUGCUGAGCGCAUCGAACAGGAAAGCAAGUGUCUUCGCAGAAACGUAAAAGACUGUCUUUCCAAGCUGAACAGACAAAAUGCAGUUUCCGGUUCGCGGUUGAUUAAAUGGCUGCAAACAGCUAUUGGCUUCGAUGAUCAUUACGGACUUUGCAAAUUCGCGCACGACGACCGCCAUUCCGAUCAUAUGAAUGAGAUUUUGAGCAGGGGUUUGGAAGAUGAGAGACGGUCAGGCCCUACCAGCAGGCGCUCAUCUUUUAUCCUCGUACGACAUUACAUCGGCCGGCUUGCACACCAUAUACGGGCUAUUAAAGAGCUGCUUCGGGAUACCCAGGACCUGAGUCACCUCCUUGAUAACUACGCUGUCUGUAAGAUUUAUGCACCAUCCGCCGUACCUCCACCCAUUCGCGACUCGCAUACCAACCUUCGGGGAAUUCUGAACCGAAUGUUCAAGGACAAUGAUAGUGAAAGAAAAAUGCUCGAGGGUGGUCUUCUCCACUUGGACAAGGUGGUCGGGAUCUUUAAAGAUUUUCUGCGUCCAUAUAAUGGCUCCUUGCUCGAUGUCCAUGCAGAGGUCCAAGUGUUGGAGUACUUCUACAAGAUGCAAAAGUCAUUCGCGGGUGACGAUCGUUUCAUCGCUUGUAGUAAGCCAGCUUGCCUCUGCUGUGAAAUGUACUUGAAAUAUCAUCCAGCCCGUGUGAUGGUGUCUUCUUCUCACCGCAAAAUUUGGACGAAGUGGAGUCCCCCACAUGUGCAACAAUUUGACAACGAAAACCCUGCCGCCUGGCAACAAAAUGAUAUCUUGAUUAAGAUGACGCAAGACCUUCGCGAGCAAGUGAUUACCCAUGUUUUGCAACGCUUACCACCAAACCGUUGGCAUCCAGAUUCAAUCACAAACAUCACGGAUAUCCGGCAAUUUGGCAUCAGCUCUGACUCGCUCGAGGCAUCCGGUGCAGAAAGUCCCGAGACUCCCCCAAGUACGUAUUCACGAAUUCAUCAAAGCAGGUCCAACAGUCCGCCCGACACAGACCUUUCGGAUAAUUUAGAUGCAGAAACGGGAUUUGAUGAAGAUUCUGGCUCGGAAAAUGGGGGAGUCCCUCUUUUUGACAGCACUUGA